UCGGCCAGCGAAAUCAAUUUUUUCUUUCCUGCAUCACUGUAAUGCUUUCUUACUACUAGCUUUCUCAUUUUUCCCUGUUUGUCGUUUUGAGUGAUUUUUAUGCCGUGUUAAAUUUCUAGUUGCCUUUGGUCAGAAGGAAAACGUAUCAUAUUUCUUGCCGACCGUCACACGAAGGUCUCAUAUUUCAUUUCGCGUAUUCAUCGGCAUUACGUGCUAUUGACAGGAACGUCUGACCGAACCAGUAUUACGACAACACGAAAGUGGACAACUACUAAGAUGAUAUCAAAAAAAGUUCUGGUUUUUACUUUAAUCGUUGUCCAAGCAUUCCUUUUGCUUUUUCUCAUCAAAAGUAAAGUUUGGAAAUUAGAUCAUUUCGGUCAUCGAUUUCGUAAUGAUUGGACGAGUUGGAAAAAUGACUCCGAGGCAGUUGAGCACGAUGCUGAAGUAUUUGGUGUAAUCGAUUUGGAAGAUCAGAAGUUUGGUUGGUUGAAUAAACCACUAAAGAACAUCACUCGCAUUACCUAUAGACCUGAAGCUAACUCCACUACAGCUACUAUGUCAACUGAAAUUUCAACACUUUCAAACUCCCUAAGGAGCAAGAUCAUUAAACCUGCCAUUGAUCAAGACAAAGAGAAACUCUUUCUCCUCGUUCUUGUGACUACUGUUCCUAAAUCCCUGGAGAGAAGGGAACUCAUUCGAAAUACUUGGGCUAAAGCUGCCCAAUCUCCACUUCAACAAGGCACAGAUACUAUGAACUUCAGGUCUCAUGUCGUGUUUAUGCUAGGAAUAACAGGAGACCCCAAACAAGACAGCGCAAUAGAAGAAGAAGCUGAAAAGUAUGGAGACAUACUUCGAGUCCCAUGCAUUGAGUCUUACAGAAAUAUCAUCUCUAAGGUAUGGUUUGCGUUUGAAUGGGCUCUGCCAUAUCACCCAAAAUAUAUCCUAAAGGCAGAUGACGAUAUAUAUGUCCGCAUAUCAGGAUUUAAAUCGUGGUUGUCGGGGGGGAAGUUACCGGAUAGACUUUAUGCAGGGUAUGUGCACUAUAGAGCCUAUAUUUCUAGAAAUCCAAAAAACAAGCAUUAUGUGAGUAAAUCUGAGUAUAGAGAAAAGUUUUUCCCGAAUUACUGCGCUGGACCAUGUUAUACUUUUUCAGGAAACUUACUGGAUGAGUUUUUAGCGGGGUCCAAAUUAGUUCCUAAGUUUCAGGUUGAAGAUGCCUAUCUUGGAUUGGUAGCCAAGGGAACUGGAGUACGUCCCCUUAAUAUAGGGGGUAAGCUCUUCGUGUGGGAUAGAUCUUUGUCCGGUUCUGUUCGCCGAUGGAACGACCAAAGACUUUCAAGGGUCAUUUGUUUAGGAGACAGUUUAACUCUCGAAGCUAUCAAGUAUAUACAUGAAAGAUUUAGGAAGAUUGACRAUGUUGAUGUGUAAAUGAUAGUGUUGUAGGGUCCCACGUUUAAAUGGUAUCAACUACAUAGAUUUAAGGUUAUUGUCAAUAAUUGUUUGAAAGUUAUUUAUUAUUCAGUCCCAUUCCAAAUCUCRUUUAGAAUUUCUCAUUUUUUUAAUUAAUGAGUUUUAAAGGAAAUCUUCGAAAUAGGCUGACAUUUAUUUGUUUAAUUGAUAAUUGAUAAUUUAUUACAUUAGAAAGUCUUUGAAUUUCUUGUAGAGAAUAUUCUUUCAUUUGCUUACCACUGCUGAAAACAAUUAAAGAUUAAUCUCAAACUAAUAGAUAAAAAAAUAACAAAAAAGGGGGGAAAGGAAGGGGGUAAAAAAUAUGUGGUUAGUAGGUAAAUUUAUAUUUCACUUAACAGAUCAAAAACAGUUUUCCGUGUUUGAUACUCUGAUCAAAACACGCGGGAUGUUGGGAGAACACGAGAGGAGCGUAGG